UUUUUUUGGAUCAAACUUGCCCUGCUGACAAGUCGCGCCGCAGCCAGAUCUUACAGCCGCGUUUGCAAUGGCAUCCCAGCGUGUUUUGCUCCCUUUGAUCUUCAUCGCCGGUGCCAUCGCCACAUGCUUCGUCUCCGGUCUUGCGCCCGGUUCGACCCGUGUGCCACGCAGCGCGCGUCAGGCGGUGCCUGAGGCCAUGGAGUUGGGAAGCUCCAUCAACACCGCCUUGGAAGUGUCGACUCCUGGCUGGUGGGCCAACAUUGUCACGGUGGUGGUACCCUGCAGCAUCCUGAUCAUCCUGUACCUCCAAUCUGAGAAGCGCAAGUAUGAGGAAAAGAUGGGCAUCAAGAAAUGAGUGUCCCUUUUUGUGUCAACAAAAAUAGAAAAAAAAAACAUGUCCUCUACUAGCCAAACACCCUCAGCACAGACUGAAGUGAUCAGUCAACAUUUUGCACAUGGGGUUUGUUCAGGUUGUUUGUGGUGGGAAGUCCAAAAGUG